CUUGACGCCACGCCUGUGCAUUCCCAACUGAGGCCGCCGUAGGGGGGGUUGGCCUUUCGAGGGGACGCGAGCGGGACCCUUGAGCCUGAGGUCCAGCAGCCUCUGUUAUUCCCGUGCGGUUCCGGCGCUGCCCCCAGCAUCGGUGCCACCGUCAUGGAUCUAAAUUUAAACCGAGCGGAUUAUUUACAGGUGGGAGUGACCUCUCAGAAGACUAUGAAGUUACUUCCUGCCUCAAGACAUAGAGCCACACAAAAGGUGGUUAUUGGAGAUCACGAUGGGGUAGUUAUGUGCUUUGGAAUGAAGAAGGGAGAAGCAGUGGCAGUGUUCAAGACUUUACCAGGGCAGAAGAUUGCAAGAUUGGAGCUAGGAGGGGUUCUUAAUACACCCCAGGAGAAAAUUUUUGUUGCUGCAGGAUCUGAGAUUAGAGGCUUCACAAAGAGAGGAAAACAGUUCCUCUCUUUUGAAACAAACCUCACUGAAAGCAUUAAAGCUAUGCAUAUAUCUGGCUCAGACCUCUUUCUCAGUGCAAGUUACAUCUAUAACCAUUAUUGUGACUGCAAAGACCAGCAUUAUUACCUUUCUGGGGACAAAAUCAAUGACGUCAUCUGCCUUCCAGUGGAAAGAUUACCUAGUAUUACACCAGUAUUGGCCUGCCAGGACAGAGUGCUCAGAGUUUUACAGGGAUCUGAUGUGAUGUAUGAAACUGAAGUUCCUGGCCCACCUACUGUUUUAGCACUACACAACGGAAAUGGCGGUGACUCUGGAGAAGACCUUUUGUUUGGAACAUCAGAUGGAAAACUUGGGCUUAUUCAGAUCACUACCUCCAAACCGAUACACAAGUGGGAAAUUCGAAAUGAGAAAAAGCUGGGAGGUAUUUUGUGUGUUGACAGCUUUGACAUUGUGGGUGAUGGGGUUAAAGAUUUACUUGUUGGGAGAGAUGAUGGAGUGGUACAAGUGUAUAGUUUUGACAAUACAAAUGAGCCUGUUCUACGAUUUGAUCAGAUGUUGUCUGAAAGUGUCACAUCUAUCCAGGGUGGUUGUGUAGGGAAAGAAGGCUAUGAUGAAAUUGUGGUAUCCACGUAUUCAGGCUGGGUUACAGGUCUGACAACAGAGCCUAUGCAUAAGGAAAGUGGACCAGGAGAAGAAGUAAAAAUUAAUCAGGAGAUGCAAAAUAAAAUUUCUAACUUAAGGAGUGAACUGGAACAUCUGCAGUAUAAGGUACUACAGGAAAGAGAGAAAUAUCAACAGUCUUCCCAAUCAAGCAAAGCAAAAUCAGCAGUACCUUCAUUUAGUGUAAAUGACAAGUUUACAUUAAAUAAAGAUGAUGCCAGCUACAGCCUCAUCUUAGAGGUGCAGACAGCAAUAGAUAAUGUCUUAAUACAGAGUGAUGUUCCAAUAGAUUUACUUGAUGUGGAUAAAAAUUCUGCUGUUGUCAGCUUUAGCAGCUGUGAUUCUGAGUCAAAUGACAACUUUCUUCUCGCCACUUAUCGGUGCCAGGCAAAUACCACAAGGCUGGAACUCAAGAUUCGUUCAAUUGAAGGCCAGUAUGGCACACUUCAAGCAUAUGUGACUCCAAGGAUUCAACCCAAAACCUGUCAGGUCCGCCAAUACCUUAUCAAACCCCUUUCACUCCAUCAAAGAACUCACUUUAUUGAUCAUGACAGACCCAUGAAUACACUGACUUUAACAGGCCAGUUCAGUUUUGCUGAAGUUCACUCCUGGGUGGUUUUUUGCCUGCCUGAAGUCCCUGAGAAACCUCCAGCAGGAGAAUGUGUGACAUUUUAUUUUCAGAACACCUUCCUGGAUACACAACUUGAAAGUACCUACAGGAAAGGAGAAGGAGUUUUUAAAUCUGACAACAUUUCUACUAUAUCCAUCCUAAAAGAUGUGCUCUCUAAAGAAGCUACAAAAAGGAAAAUUAACCUCAACAUAUCGUAUGAGAUAAAUGAAGUAUCAGUCAAACACACUUUAAAGCUAAUCCACCCAAAGCUGGAAUACCAGUUGCUUUUGGCUAAGAAAGUACAAUUAAUUGAUGCUUUAAAAGAAUUGCAGGUUCAUGAAGGAAAUACAAACUUUCUGAUACCAGAAUAUCGCUGUAUUCUAGAAGAGGCAGAUCACCUACAGGAAGAAUACAAAAAGCAACCUGCACAUCUGGAAAGACUCUAUGGCAUGAUCACCGAUCUUUUCAUAGAUAAGUUCAAGUUCAAAGGCACCAAUGUAAAAACCAAAGUACCUCUUUUACUGGAGAUUCUGGACAGUUAUGAUCAAAAUGCAUUGAUUGCUUUCUUUGAGGCUGCAUGAAAUAUAUAAACAAGGUAAAGUUC